AUGAAAAAAAAAUUGAGUUUAUCUUCAAAGCCUCUAUCCUAUAUCCAAUUGGAUGACAAUGGAAGAACUUCUUAUUGUAAGACUCACUGUUUGAAAUACGAACUAUUUGAGUAUAGAAAUGGAAAGUGCUACAUUUGUUGUGAUCAAAAAGAAUGCAAUUAAAAUAAUGAUCCUUUAAAUAAUACUGAAAUUGUAAUGCUCUUAAAUUAAAUUUUGGUGCAAUCAAUUUCAUACGAAUUUAAGUAGGAAUAAAAGUAGAGGAUAACUACUCUAAAGGAACAUGCAAAUAAAGCAAUUCAGCUGUAUUGUGAUAGAGCCAUUCAAAUUAUUGAUAAAAAUUGUGAAAAGUAAGAUCUAUUAAAUGAAAAAAUUACCUAUAUUUUAGACAAUCUCUAAAAUGAAAAUAUCCUUUUAUAAGCAUAUGAGAUUUUGAAAUUCUAAGAAUUGGAUUGUGUUAAUGUUAAAAUAGGAGUCAUUGCUUCACUAACUCAAGAAUUUUAUAGAAUCCUAACCAAAUAUGAAAAUACAUUAAAUUGCAUUAAUUCCAUAAUUUAAGAUGAUUAUUUUGUUGGCAACAAUGAAUAUAAUGUUCUAAAAAACUAGAUUGAAGUCGGAAAAAUGAAAUGUAUGCAAUUCUAAAGACAACAUGAAAUUAGUAUCAAAUAUUCUAGGUAAAGUAGUAAGAGGAUCUAUUAAGACAUUAAGAAUCACUAAAUUAUUGUAGUGUCUACUGGACAGGAAUUUAAUAAUUAAAUUAGAAUAAUUAAGCCAACUUAAUAUAGUUUGUUUGGACAAUUUGAUUCAUUAAAAAAUACAAUAUCAGCAGAAGUAUUUUGUAUAAGUCCCAAUUGUCAAUUUUAUGCUUGGGGAAGUAAUACAAGGAUUUAAACAUAUUAAUUAUAAACUCAAACAUAGAUUCAAUAGCAUUCAAUAUUGUUAAUGAUUUUGCGAUUAGUACUUCAGAUUAGAAAAUCAAUUUUUGGGGGUUGAAUAAUAGAAAUUGGGAAUUAAAUAGUUCCUUCAAUAUAUUACCUGAAAGAGUGCACGAUCUCAUUUUUAUAGAGGAUGGAAAAAUACUCAUUUGCUAGUCAAAUUCAAAAUUAACAUUUUUGAUAAAGGAAAACAAUACUUGGAUAAUGUAUUAGUAAAUCCAUUAAAGUUUCAUUACUACAUUAUGGAGUAAAAUAAAUUAGAUGAUCAUAACUACAAAUUUGAAGAAACAGAUAUAAAUAUGGUAGAGAAAUAAGAAAGGAUUAUUUUAAUUGAUUUCAACUGAAUGGGAUCCAGAAUACAAUUCAAAUAAUUAUGAAGUUAACCCUUUAUAGAUAUAUGAUGAAGGGUCAUUGUUGGGUUAAUGUUAAAAUAAUAAAUUAAAAAUUUGGUCAAUUUUAGAAGGUGGAAGGAUGCAAGUAGUUUUUGAAUAAGAAAUUGAUGAAUAAAAUGUUAUUAUAACAAAUAAUUUUACCAAUUUAUUAGCCUAAAAUGAGAAAUCAUUGAUUUGGUAUUAAUUAAUAUAUCAUUAGCAUUGA